AUGUCCAAAAAGCCCGUCAAAGGCGAAUACAUCGAAACCGACACCGGCAACAAAGUCUCCCGCCGCUCCCAGAUCAUCGGCACAACGAACAUCAUCCUCGGCGGAAAGACAGUCAUCCAAGCCGAAGUCAUCAUCCGCGGCGACCUCCUGCGCACGUAUCCCAGCAGCAGCAGCGAGGGCAAGGGGAAUCCGGUCGCGGUUGCUAUUGGACGGUAUUGUUUCUUCAGUCGGGGGUGCGAGUUGAGACCGCCGGGGAAGAUGUAUAAAGGGUACCUUCUUUUUCUCCUCCCCUCCUCCUCCCCCUCAUAUUUACAGCAUGAGCUGAUGGUUUUUGGCAGCACAUUCUCACACUACCCACUCAAAAUCGCCGACCACGUCCUCAUCGGGCCCGGCACGAUCGUCGAAGCCGCAUUAAUAGGCUCGCAUGUCUCGAUCGGCGCGGGUUGUGUGAUUGGCAAGUUUGCGAUUAUCAAGGACUAUGCGCGGGUGCUGGAUGGGACGGUUGUCCCGCCGAAUAUGGUGAUUCCGAGUUUUUCGGUGGUGGGCGGACGGCCGGGGAGGGUUGUGGGGGAGGUGAGUGAGGGGGAGGUGGAUGGGUUUGAUUUGAGGGAGGUUUAUAGGGGGGUGGGUAAUUAG